AUGGCUCUUUAUGAGGCCUUAUAUGGGAGACCAUGCAAAUCACCCUUGUGUUGGUCAGAACCAGAUGAGCAUGUCACUAUUGGACCUCAAAUUAUCGCUGGUACCAUUGAGAAGAUCAAGGACAUCAAAGAGAGACUUAAGGUUGUUCAAAGUCAUCAGAAAAGUCAUGCUGAUUUCCACCGACGAGAAGUUGAGUUUGAGGUUGGUGACUAUGUCUUCUUGAAAGUUACUCAUAUGCGUGGUGUGACGAGAUUUGGAGUUAAGGGUAAGCUAGCCCUGAGGUAUAUUGGAUCUUUCGAGGUCAUCGGGAGGGUUGGGGAUGUCGUUUAUCAAUUGAACUUACCAGCGCAGUUAGGGCAUGUUCACAAUGUGUUCCAUGUGUCGAUGGUGAGGAAGUAUACUCCAUACCCAUCACACAUCAUUGAGUAUGAGGAUGUCCCUCUUCAAAAGGACAUGACAUAUGAAGAACAACUUAUCAUAAUCCUGGCAAGAGAGUAA